AUGGAGUCCGAAGCUGUUUUGGGAACUGUGAUAGAUUCAGUUGAAAGUGAUGACGUAGAAAGAACAGAUAACGUUCCAGUGUUAUCGUGGGAGAACGGUGUUUGGGACGGUACAACCACUAAUGUUAAAAAGGCGCCAUUUUACCCUCGAAAUCGCUUCAUUUCCAAACGAACUUUAAAACGGUGCAGCCAUAUUGUGACUUUACUCUUGGGAAUUCUAUUAACAUGUGUGGCCUUAGGACUUAUUGUGGCAGGAUCAUUUAGAUUACACGAGUGUCAUCAAAUUACAACAUUCACGAUACAGCAUCCAAUAAAAGAAGAUGUCAAUACUAAAAUAGGGGAUAAAUAUUUUACUGUAGAUCAGCUUGUGAAACUCAAUAAUUACGCCUUUAAUAAACCUGCCAAGCAGUCAUCAACUGACAGAACGAGUGAUUAUUUACCGGAAGUGGAUGGUGAUGCCAGUCUCGCAGUAGACGGAAGUUUAGAUACGUGUUCAAGAACAGACGGACAAUCAUCACCAUCAUGGCGUGUAGAUUUUGGUAGAUUGAUGCCAGUAGGCAGCAUUCGGUUAUACCUAAGUAAUUUUACAUAUGAUGAUAAUAUAGAUAUAUUUGUUGGAAUGAGUAAACAGAUAGUAGAAAAUAGAUUAUGUGUUCGACAUCAUCAUGGCACUAGAACAGCUGUACCAGACAUUAGAUUACAGUGUACAUCGGAACUUAGUGGAAGGUAUCUAGGAAUCAUAUUAAAUAUGAAUGGAACUAUCGAUGAUAUGAAAGUAUUGGUAUUAUGUGAAGUAAUGGUAUUUGGUCGUUAA